UUCCCAGCUUUAAUUUCACCUGUUCAGCGUGACACCGAACAGACCCCACAGGGUGUGCCAGGGUUUCUGAGCUCCAGGAGGGGUGACAGCCAUGGCCGAAUCCCAGCUGAUGUGCAUGGAGGACGGCCACAUCGGAGCCAAGAUCCCGGAGUCCAAACCGGAGUUCUACUACAGCGAGGAGCAGCGCGCGGCCAUCGAAGAGCUGCUCAAGAAUGGAGAUGGCGCCUUCAAAACGCGACUCAAAGAAGACAACAUGAAAGACUUUUUAUCGGCCAGAGAAGUCAAACAGUUGGUGAACACUUUCAAAAAGUACGACUCGGCUGAAGACGGCGGUGACAGCAAGGCGUCGCCGGGCAGGUCCGGGCAAGGAGCCGCCGGUACAGACGCGGAUUCGGGGGUCCAUUCAACCUAUUGGCCCGAGAUGUCCGACACCGAGGUGCCGCCGCUGGACAUCGGCUGGCCCAGCGGGGGUUUCUUCAGAGGGGUGACCCGGGUGGCAGUGCACACACACCCGCCUAAAGAAAACGGACCUCACAUCAAAGAGGUGGUCCGGCGGCUCAUCCAGGAGGCCAACAAGGUAAUAGCAAUAGUGAUGGACAUGCUCACAGACCCUCAGAUCCUGCAGGACCUGAUGGAGGCGGCCGGGCGUCGCUCUGUGCCCGUUUACAUCUUGUUGGAUAACCAAGCGGUGCCGCACUUCUUGGAUAUGUGCUCCAGGCUGCAGAUCGGCUCACAGCACCUUCGGAACAUCCGGGCCAGAUCACUUCAUGGAAUCGGCUUCGGUUUGUCCUUCGGCAGACUGCCUGGUUCACUCUGUUACAAAUACAUGCUGGUGGACGGGGACAAAGUCAUGUUCGGCUCAUACAGUUUCUCCUGGUGUACGUCUCGUAUGGAUCGGAACAUGAUCACCGUGAUGACGGGACAGGUGGUUGACUUCUUUGACCGCGACUUCCGUGAGCUUUACGCCAUCUCCGAGAAGAUGGACCUCUACAAGGAAUUCCACGUCAGCCAACCUGCUGCUAACGUGACCUCGACGCUACGCUCCAAAGUAGAGCCCAAACGCCCGCCUCUCCCAGCAACCACAUCCCGCUUCCAGGUUAGCUUAGGGGACUCACGAAAAGCUAACAUCCAGGUGCCUGCACACAAAUACUAUAACCCCAAAUACGCACUGGCGUUUGGGGACAUCCCACAUAAGACGGGGUCCCUGCAGGAGCGAGGACCCAGGAAAGAGUCAGUUCUGGCCGAGGCUCCCGAGGAGAUGGACCUGGAAAGGCCACGAUUGACCAGCAGUGAGAAGAUGGACCGGCUUAGUCCGCUGCCCUCAGAAGGCCUGAGCGAAAGCUUCAAGAAGGCCAACGGAGGCACGCAGGACAAGAAAAAGCAUGUCACUUGGAGGCAGAGAUUUUUGAAGGGGAAAUCGUCCAGUAAGCUUUCGGUUAACAGCCAGGCGGACAGUACGUGCCCUUCAACCCCUGAAACCAAUCGGACUGAUGAGAACCAGGACAACUUUGAGGUUAUGGUGAUAACUCCACCAAAAUGGAAGAAGGCAUCUAAACUGGGCCGGAAGACAAACUCUGAUACAGCUGUCAACACUGCACAGGACAAUGAGAGUGUUAAGAGUCGACAUCGACCAAAACAAGCCUGUAAAGUGUCUUGAGGACCGCAGAAUGGCGUAAGAGUAAGAUUUCCAGAAACGGACAGCAAAGUGACUUCCGUAAAACUAACUUUGAAUGUGCAAUAUUGUAAGUACUUUAUCCAGUGCCUCACGGAAAGACCAAAUGAAUGUACAGUCCUUCGGGUGCUGACAAAUGCCGUUUUUGUAUGGUUAGUGCCAAAUGUAAACUCGGAAGUGUUGUGGGAUGUCUGCUGCCCUUGUGUGUGGCAGGAAGGUUUGCUUAGAUGUUUCCUCGUGAGCACUUGCAUCUUGUUAGCUCUCUCUCUCGAUGUCUGUUUGAUGCACUAAUAAGUUGUGGAACGUCUCGUUCAUCGUGCUUUAAUAAAUGGUUUCAGUUAAGGAAAACUCAAAAGGUGCCAACAGAUUGUUUUUUAUAUUUGGAUGGUUCUGUGCUUUUAGACAGAAUACAAAAUUACUACUACUACAUUCCUAGUAUUGUUUGUUAUAUUUGUACAACAGAAUGAUCAUUUUAUUACAAUAUUUGCCUUUAAAAACCAUGUAUGUUAAGUUAGAAACUUUAUUGUCCAUAUUGUUAAAAAUUGUCUUUGGGUUUUAAAAAUGG